UUUAUUUUAUUAAAAGUAUAAAUUGUUCUGUCAAAUAUUUUAUUACUAGAAAGGACAGUACUUAAAAGUAUUUUAGUUACAUAGGAGCGGCGGUAGAUAACGAAAAAAAAACCUAAGCUGCGGUGCAUUGCGUGCUUUUGUAUAAAAGACGUGCUUCUGUUGGUAAUUGUUAUAUGGUUGCUACGUGCUGUUGAUGAACUAGCAAUGUAUAUUGUUUAAUUCACCAGUGCCCUAUUUGGCGAUAAUACUUUUCCAACUGGGUUGUGCUUGUGUUUAUGUAUUUACACUUUAUCGGUAGCACCAAACAAAAGAAGUUAACUUCUCUAAAUAAAUAUUGAUAAUACUUGUGAAGAGGUGAUUAUAUAUGAUUUAUAACGCUAGCGGUGAGGGGCAGAUGUAAAUAAACCUGAGUACAUAGGUGUUAAAAGCAGAAUAGCCAAUUCCAAAUAUUUUAAUUACAUUAAAAAAAAACAAUUUACUAUUUGUGGCCUACGUAAAAAAACGUCAAAUUGAAGUCGGUAAAGGAACGAGAAAAGAACGGCGACAAAAUGUAUGAGUCCAGCGGAUGCGAGCUUCUGCAGGAUGCCAAUGUGUAUCAGCCAGACUUAUUGGAUCUAAAUUCGAAUGUGCAAGCUGCAGAGUAUUGGUUUCCUUGUUUUCGCGAUAUGAUUGCUAAAUUUGCUGAGCACGCUGAAGGUAGUCAAAGCAACGACGACCACACAGCCGCAGAGCGUGCUGCGCAGUACCAAAAAGACAGCUUGAAGAAAAUGAGCGAUUAUCAUGACAAAUUAAAAACCAAUGCCGGAAAAAAUAUUAAGCUAAGCAUACGUGAGCUGCUGGAUUUGAAUGAGAGACAAUUGCGUCGGUUUGGCUUUCCAGACACUUGGCGCAAACAGAAACAGGAAGAGAAUGCAGUUGCUAUACAGUUGCUGCAGAAACGUUUGCAGGAAAUUGACACUAUUGAAAGCACAUCAGCACGCUGGACGGAGCUAAUACGUGGCGUUCUCGCUGGCAAUAUGUUCGACUGGGGCGCACAAGCUGUGGCGAAUAUUUUAGCAAAUGAUACUACUUUCGGUUUACAUGCGGCGUUGGAACACAUACAGAAACGGCCUUGGCUAAUGGAUGAUUUAGAUAGCUGGCUAAGUCGUGUGCAAGGUAAAGCACAUAAAUGUGCACUCAUUUUUGUUGAUAACAGCGGCGUUGAUGUCGUGCUCGGUAUACUGCCAUUCACCCGCGAACUAUUGAAGCGUGGUACCAAAGUAUUGUUGUGUGCAAACACAGAGCCUUCAUUGAAUGAUGUGACCAGCAGUGAACUGAAUGCGAUUAUCGAGUCUUGUACCUGUCAUUGCAAUGUUCUCGCACAAGCCUGGGAAAACAAAUCUCUUGUCGUUUACGGUAAUGGUCAGCGCGGGCCAUGUUUAGAUAUGCGGAAUCUUCCGCUUAAAUUGUGCGAGGCCAUACAUAAAUAUGAGACUGAUUUACUUGUUAUUGAGGGCAUGGGACGUGCGCUCCACACUAACCUUUAUGCAAAAUUCAAUUGUGAGACGCUCAAGUUGGCUGUCGUCAAAAACAAGUGGUUGGCGCAGUAUUUGGGAGGCGACACCUUCUCGGUCAUAUGUCGCUAUGAGACCAGCUAAUGCCAGCAACUUUAUUUAAUUUGUUGUUUUGUUUUAAAUUUUAUGUGAAGAAUGCGUUUUUAUGGAAGUGAGGCAGUUUUACGACAUUGUAGGGUUUUGCUUGCGCGGGGUUGUGGGCCAUUGGCACACAAGCGCUUUUUAAUUGAGUUUUGAAUUUUGUUAUUAAAUUUAAUUAUACUUCUGUUCUUAAAGUAUUUAUUAAUUAAACUUACACUGUAACUCAUUUGUAACAACAAAAAGUAAAAAAAAACAAAAAAGUUGAAAACAACUGUUAUUUAGCAAAACCCCAAGCAAAGGUAGCGUGCAACUUGGAGUUUAUGUACGUGGAUAUGUGCAAAAAAUGCAACAACAAAACAAAAAGUUAUGAUUGAAUUAUUUAAACAAAAAUGUAGUGCA